AUGACAGGUCUAAGGAGCAUCACAACAGUUCCCAAGUACAGUGAACUACAGGCCUGUCAGCCUGAUCUUGUUGCCGUGGAAGAUUAUGGAGCAGAUCAUCUGGAGUGCCAUCAUGUGGGAUGUACAGGACAACCAGGUGAUCAGUCCCAGUUAUCCAAACUGCCAACUAGAAAUAGCCUAAUUGACUGGGCGUAUGGCAGGGGGACAUGUUCUAAUGAACAUGUAGCUCAGAAGUCUGAAGAGGAGUGGACGUGCGUGCGCUGUACCCUAAUAAACACGCCUUCUGCCGAAAUUUGUGAUGCCUGUUUGACUUCAAGGCCUGAAGUCUCCUGCAAAGUUAAGACAGAGAAUGUUGAAGAUUCUGCAGCCUUUAACAUAAAUUUAAUGAAGUACCCGUGUAACGAUUUCAAAAAAUCAAGCACAGAAAUCAAGAUCAAUAGGAAAGCUGCGUUUGGAACUACAACUCUUGUCUUAACAGAUCUUGGUAACAAAGCUGCUUUGAGAAAUGAUACUGAAAUAUCCCAUGGGCAGUCUCAGGGUGUUGUUCCAAAGAGCAAGUGUAAUCAAAUCCAAAACGUUUACCAGUCAGGGGGAAGCACAGACAAGAAUUGCUCAACACACGUGACGACUGUGGCUUUGCCCUCCUGGCAGAAACAUCUCUCUUUCAAACAUGUACAGAAGAAACAGAAAACGGAUCAUACAUCCUCAGUUCACCAAUAUAAUACAGCAAGCAGGAGUCCUCCUGUAACCUGUCCUUACAGCCCAUCUGCAGCUGCUGCGGCAGGUGACGCUGGCGUGUGGAGCAGGGGCCGCCCCCGCUGCGCCGGGCACGGCCGCCCCUGCAGCCUCCGGCUGGUGAGGAAGGAGGGAGGGAACAGAGGCCGCCGCUUCUACACCUGCCCCCUACCCAGGGAGACUCGCUGCGACUACUUUCAAUGGGCUGACAUGAAUUUUCCAUUUUGUAACCAUGGCAAGCGAUGCGUUAUGAAGACUGUGUUGAAGAUUGGUCCCAAUAAUGGAAGAAACUUUUUUGUAUGCCCUCUUGGGAAAGAAAAACAGUGUGGCUUUUUCCAAUGGGCAGAAAAUGGGCCAGAAAAUAUUCUCUGA